GUUUUCUGGACAUUGGAUAAAAAGUUUGCAAAAUUUACAAAAAAAAAAUAAUAAAAAAUACAGGUGUAUACCAUAUAAUUUGCCUGACGCUUCCUGAGAUAGUGAGAUUCCUUCCAAACAAUGGCGGAGGAGGACGAUCUUGGCUCGGACGCAUCAGACUCGUCUCCGGACUCCGGAUCUGAUCAGGAUUUCUUCAAAAGAGAUCGUCAUCUCUGCUACUUACAGAUGAUGCUUGGGGUAUUGCCCACGUACUACCAGGUUGAGGAUAUCAACCGCAUAACUCUUGCCUACUUCGCAGUCUCCGGUCUCGGUGUCCUAGGCGGCCUUCAUCUUGUGGACAAAGAGAUGGUGAUUAACUGGGUUCUAUCUUUACAAGCUCAUGUCAAGGAUGAGACUGAACUGGAAAGUGGACAGUUUUAUGGAUUUCAUGGCUCUAAAAGCUCUCAAUUUGACUCUAGUAAUAGCGAGGGUCCUAUCCUUAACGGUAGUCAUUUGGCAAGCACAUACUGUGCUCUUGCUAUAUUGAGGACUGUGGGAUAUGAUUUAUCUCUCAUUGACUCCACACCAAUCUUAAAAUCAAUGAGAUCUCUUCAGCAGCCUGAUGGAAGUUUUAUGCCUAUCCAUAUUGGGGCAGAGAGAGAUCUAAGAUUUGUAUACUGUGCUGCUGCCAUCUGCUCCAUAUUGGAAAAUUGGGAUGGAAUGGAUAGGGAGAAAGCCAAAGAGUACAUAUCUUAUUGCCAGUCGUAUGAUGGUGGAUUUGGUUUAGUUCCCGGUUCAGAAUCUCAUGGUGGGGCCACUUUUUGUGCUAUUGCGUCUCUCCGGCUAAUGGGAUUUAUUGAAGAUGAUUUAUUCACAAAGAAUGCAACACCAAACUUUAUCGAUGUCCCCUUACUUCUUGAGUGGACCUUACUGAGGCAGGGAAGAGAUGGAGGAUUCCAUGGAAGACUGAACAAACCCAGUGAUACAUGCUAUGCUUUUUGGGUUGGAGGGGUCCUGAAGAUCUUAGGAGCACAAAAGCUAAUUCACAAGAAGAGUUUACGCAAGUUCCUUUUAACCUGUCAAACAGAGUACGGUGGGUUCGGUAAAACUCCAGAAAUGCUACCAGACCUUUACCAUUCCUUCUAUGGAUUAUGUGCCUUUAGUUUGCUAGAAGAGACCGGGCUUCCUUCAAUCUGCGUUGAACUGGGAAUAACUAACCGAUAGCGCACAUUGUUUCCUGAUUUUGGUCCAACCAAUCCUCUGUUUCUUCUACUAAGCGUUCUUCCUCUCCAGCCAGAAGAUGAGAUCAUGUUGCUUCAUCGGCCUAGCGAAUAGGAGUUGACAGAGAUGCCAACUGAUUGAACUCUUCUACGGGCUCCUUUAUUUCUCUUAUCAAACGUGCCGUACUACACAACCCGUUUAUUCGGCUAUCAGAUCUUCAAGUGUUGUUGUUGACAAGUCCUACUAUCAACUUGCAUUGUGUGUUAAAGUGUAGUGUCCUUUAAUUUUGAUAUACGCUAUAACACUCUGUUUGGUUUUAGCUUCAACGUUAAGCUUUAACCUUGUGAAAAUUUUAUCCAACUGUGGCUUUUAGCUUUAAUAUUUUCAAAGUUAAUCUGUGACGUUA